CAUACAGCGGUGUCGCAUGAUACGACGGCCGAAGACGAGUGCAAAGAGUGUAUUUUUUUCUAUUCCUGUUUGAGUUGUUGCCCGUGAAGGAUGCCUUCUGCCUCAAGUGCAAAGUCAGCAAAAGCCUCCAGCGUUCCGCCGGCGGACCCCAGCUCUGUUACGACGACUACGACAACAAAGAGCCCCGUGUCCGCGGCAAGUUCGAUAAACGCGAUUAAUUCGCUCGCGACGCCGUCGGCGACGUCUUGUGCGGUAAAUGCUGCCGGUGGCGGUGCGGCUACGGCCACUGCCUCUGUGCCCAAUGUUGCCGCCGAAAACCAUAACUCGAAUGCCGUUUCGACGCCCAUCAAACAAACAUUGGUGAUAAUCGAGCACAAGAUUCGGAAUUUGGAGAAGCGCAAGACCAAGUUGGAAUCAUAUCGUGCGAUACAAGCUUCCGGUAAAGAAUUGAGUGCCGAUCAAAAGCAAGCUGUUGCCAAGUAUGAUGAGGUUAUGCAAUGCCUCGACUUUGCUCGGGAUCUCACGAAACAAAUGAUUCAACUUUCCAACAAUGCCGAGAAGGAGCAAAAGAAAUUGGCUAGACGAGAGGCUAUAUUGCGCUCUCAGGCUGAAAUCUUGAAAAUCCGUGAAGUAUUGACAAUUCAAAAUAUUCUGAUGCAAUUCGCCGAUGCAACCGUACGGGAAGAUUUUCUUAGUGGAACGAAUGGGGCAACGAAACUGGAAGAAAACGACUUGAACCUAUUGGAGAAAUUCUUUAUCGAUGUUUCCAUUAAACGCCAAGAAUCGCCAGAGGAUACACCGUUUCUAGUGACUGCUCAAAAGGCUGCUGAACUUUUCUCGUUUACGAUUGACGGUCGACCCAAACAAUACGCUGAUUCGACAUUCGAAAGUGUACGGAAACUAUUCCAAAGUAUUCAAGACUGUGGCUAUUUCGAUCGUGCUGGAAAGGUGGAAUCUGUGGAAGAAGAAACAACUGGUGAAGAAGAGUCGACGGAUCAAGUUCAAGACGACGAGAAAACGGACACAAAAACAGGCAUAAACGAACAGGAAAAUUCAAUGGAAAUGGUCACGAGUGAAAUGGUUCAAAUGCAUAUUUCUCAACCACAACAACCUCUAACGACGCAUGUGGACGUUCCGAAAUUCGAAGCACCAUCUGCUGCGGCCGUGCCAGCGCCAGCAUUUCCACAACCAACUCCCUUGCUUCAACAACCGCAAACCCAAGUGCAACCACCAAGUUUGUUGGGUGCAGGACAGAUGCCACCUCCACAGCCUCAAUUACAGAGGCCGGUGAUGGUACCACCAGUAGUGCCCCCGCCGACUGCGGCACCUGGUGGAGUUGUAGGACAACAGCCGCCGCAAGUGGCGCAAAUCCCACAAGGAGGUGUGCCGCCAGCUAGUGCUGUUAAUCAGAUUCAUGGUGCACACUUCCCUCCAACGACAGUGCGUGCAGUGGAACAAGGCUAUUACAAACAACAUCAGUAUCUUCAGCAGAUACGACCUUUGGCUGAUGUGAUCGGGUCAACGAAUUUUUACUUUUUACAAGAAAGUGAAUUGGAUUCACCCGAUAUUGCGCCUGGUGGUUUCCCAGCGAACGAUGGACAAGUAGCGAAUGCUGCUCUUAAUCCUCCAGGAGUGCUUGCUCCACAAAGUCCAAGCACAGUUCCACAGCCGCUCAUUCAACAACAAUCACAGCAGCAACAGUCAACGCAACAACAACAACCUCAAAUUCCUCUUCAGCCAGGAUUGCCAUCACAGGGAACUCCAGCAUCGGGGAUCCCUUCACAGACAUUCACAAAUCAAUCAUUCCCACCAGUUGUUCCGCCACAAGCAGCAAGCAUUUUCCCACCAACAGCUACCCAAAAUCCUGAUCUAGCCGUUGUCCAACAACAACAACAGCAGCAGCAACAACAGCAACCACAACUGCCUCCGGUCGUUUAUUCGCCGCAACAACCUGUAGGUCCCGGUGGUAUUCCGCUACAGUCUCUUGUGCCGACGGCUCAGGCAGUUGUAUCGCAACAACAGACACAAUCCCAAAUACUGAACAGUAUGGUGGAUAGUCAAAACGUAGUUGAUGUAAUGUCACAGCAAGCGGCCGUGAAUAUAGUGAAUCUUAUGGGUGGUGGACCACCCAGUGGUGCGAACGUUCCACUGCCGGGUUUCCCAGCUAACAAAUUCCAACAACCACAGAAUCCGGCUAUUGUGGGCGUACUUCCGACCUCCGUUGCACAGAUGCCCGUUAAAGACACUCUCGAGUCAAUCCAACAACAAUCGCAGCAUCAAACCAACGACAAGAAACAACUUGACGACCUGAACGAUAAUCGAGGAUCGAAACCGGAAUCAUCACAAGACUGGGAUGCUCAUGAACCUCACGUACAAAAGAAACCGCAUUCGCAAUCGAUGGGAUCUCGCCAGGAAGAAGAAUCGAAUCAGUGGAGUAACGAUGUGGCCAACAGCAGUAAUAGCAGUAGCAAACAUGAUUGGAACAGUAAUUUUGACAAUCAAAACGACUCCAACACGUGGAAGAAUAUCCCCAAUGACAACUACACCGGUCGAACGGGUGGUGGACGUAACAAUUUCCCCGGAAGUAAUAGGACAGGAGGCGGCAGCGGUGGAACAGGACGUGGAGGUAGCGGAAUACGUUCAAAUAAUCCAGGCAGUGGUGGCAGCGGUGGUGGACCACCAUCGAACGGAUACCGAGGUCGCUCUAACAACUAUCAACAACAACAGAACAAUCGGAACACGGGCAUGUACUUUAGGAAUAACGAAAGCUACUAUCAGAACCAAAAUGGCAAUACGGGUGGAUACGGCAAUAAGGAUACGAGUGGCAAUUAUGUUGGAGGAGGAGCUAACAAUAAUUAUCGGCCGCGCGGUGGUCCCAUGCCACCAAAUAGCCGACAGCAAAGUGGUGGCCGCAUUGGUGGUCCCCCGAACACUGCAGGCGGCCCAUCUCAGCCGCAAUCCGGACGCAAUAGUGUAGGAGGCGGUGCUGGGCCAAAUCCCAACCGAUCUUCGAACAUUGGCGGUAACAUGUCGGCAAAUCCGAACACACGGCCCGGGCGCAACAAUCCCGGCAGUGCCUAUGGGAGCUCGCGUCCACCACCACCCCCAAACAACGUGCGACAGCAGCAGGACAUUAAUGCCUAACCAACAGCUAUACAUUUAGAAUAAAACAAACCAUCUUUUAAUUAUAUAAAUAUCUAAUUAAUAUAAAAACUACGAAUGAGUUAGUAAGUACAGAAGAGAAAACGAGAAUUACAGAGCAAAGCAAAUAUAAUAAUUCCUUAAAACAUAAAAGUAUAUGCUACUUAUUCAAAUGAGAAUCUUUAAAAUACGAGUCAAAAAGUUUUAAAACUAAUAUAGCGAUAUAUCUAUGAAGUGAAUGAAGAAAACCCUACGAAAACCUUAAAUAUAUGAUGGCUAUUGCUUUUAACUUAAAAAUAUAUGUGAAAACGAAAUAAGAAGAAAGAAAACUGUUGCAUUUACUUAAGUGGAAGGACAACAAAACGGGGCACACCGCUGGAAGGAGGACGGCGUUCAUGGAGGUUGUGAAUGCAAGAAAUGGGCUCGGUGCAGAAGGCUGACGUUUCGCUACAUCUUGACUAAAAUUUAGGAAGGCUGAAUUUCGUUUUACCGGUGGAAAACCGAAGAAGAAUGAAGUGUAGAAUAGAAAGACUUACUAAAGGAAGAAAAGGCGUUCGGAUUCAUAUUAUAGUAUUAUUGUAUUAAAGCAAGUUUUGCGUUGUUUUGAUGAGCUUAUUUUUAUAACAGUGCCCCCAUCGCCCUUCUGUGUGUGUGUGUUGUGAUCACAUUGUCUAAAUGUAGUCUUUCCAAUUCCAGUGGGCACCUACUCUGAUGGAGGUCACCGAACUUCCAGAUGACGUACACGCUAAGAUUCGCCGUUCGUGUGUGUGCUUGUUACACGUGGCUACAUACCACUGGCUGGAUUUUAUUAUGAGUUGGUGAAAUGCACUUGAUCGUUGACCAUUUAUUUUUACGCCUCCAUAGAUUCAAAGAUUUCCUAUUUGGUCUGAGACUAUCUUGGCUUGUAUCUAGGAUCGAAAAACGCUGUUGAAAUUAUGUGAAUACUGAGUUGAAAAUGAAUUAAAUCAAUUACUUAAGUUAUUUUGUAUGAAUAGUUCAGAAUAAAUUAGCUCGAGCUGAAAGUGUUAAAGUUUUUAAAUUGGCAAAAUGAAGGGGGAGUUUCAAGUGAAAUGUAGACAAUGUUUUUGGUGAUUCGUGCGCUCACUUUUAGACUAUCCGACAGAGGAUACAAUAUCAUGAUCGAACGGCGCUAUCUUUUCACGGACACUUAAAACUGCAGCCUUAUAGUUAAGAGAAAGUAAAACUUGCUAAUAUGUGGAAUCUUCAUUCAUCAAUUUCACCACAAAGAUCAUAGCAAACAGUUUCAUAUGUUGAGCAAGUCUAAAUACUCCAUGAAUGUUAUAUUUGAAUCUUUGAAUUGCACGAACCGAGAGAAUAGAAACACCAAAAUUUAUGUAACAAAAUAUUUCAAAAGGCAGUUUUCAUUGGCAACAACUUGGACUGAAUUAUAUUUUGGUCUUGAUUUAUGAGAAUUGAAACAACUAAACGGGAAAAAAAGGAAAACAAAAAAAAAAAAAUAAAGCAAGCAACACGACAGAAUACAAAAAUGUAUAUGACUAGAGAAACGUAUGAUAAAAA